CAAGAGGGGUUUGUUAUUGUUGUGUGUCGUUUAUUCUCUGGUAGUUUUGGAAUUUGGCUUUGUACUCUUCAACCACAUCUGCUAGCGAGUCGGCUAGGCGAUCGUACCGGAUUUUGUUUUAGCAUGAACUGCUAAAAAUGCACAACCAAGUACAGUUGCAUAUAACGAUCGUAUCAUUUACAAUCACCCAAGUUGGACGGUAUUACCAGAAAAGGGUCUGAAACAACGAAAGCUCGAAAAGAAACACAACCCACAGUCAUAACAUGACGAAUGUCCGCGUGAAUUGGAGCGAGCUGUUCCCCAGCAGGAAGAGUGUUUUCAUCUUCUUUACUUACAUGUCCCUGUUCGUCAGCCAGGGCAUUCUGGUGACUGCUUCGCAGCGUUCCGAUAACUCGUACAGCUACAAUACUGUGCUAGUUGUGUUGCUUACAGAAACACUAAAACUUGUGAUAUCGGCAGGACUUUACUGUAGAGAAAAUAGCUUUCAAUCGCUUAUCGCGCGUGUGAUUGAAGGAAGCAAUGUGUUGCUAUUGUACUUUGUGCCCGCUUUUCUCUACUGCCUGUACAACAACUUAGCGUUUGUGAAUCUUUCCACAUUCGAUCCAACCACGUACUAUUUGCUACUGCAGCUGCGCGUAGUUAUAACGGGAAUACUAUUCCAAAUUAUCUUCAAAAAGUACCUAAGCCGGAAGCAAUGGUUCUCUUUACUGCUUCUCACCGUCGGCUGCAUGUUAAAGCAGUGGAACUUUUCUGGUUUCUCCGGCACGACCCAGUCUCUGACCGCGGGCAACGUUCCAAAUGGUGAAACAACCGUACAAGCGAACGCUGCUGAACCACUGAAGGACACCGAGGUGGAUGGUACAUUCCGGGGCAAAAACAUUUCCGGAUUCGAUCUAAGUUAUAGUGCCUUGCUUAUUCUUGUUCAAACUGUUUGCUCCUGUCUGGCAGGCGUUUAUAAUGAAUAUCUGUUGAAAAAGAAAGGUUCCGACAUCAACAUCUACGUGCAGAACGUGUUCAUGUAUUUGGACUCGAUUGUGUGCAACAUGCUGAUCCUCUUGCUGCAGGGCGAACUAGUCGGUGCAUUCACUAGCGAGAAUUUGCGCGAAAUUGCACGCUUCGAAGUGAUCAUAAUCAUGCUUAAUAAUGCUGCGAUUGGUAUCAUUACCAGCUUCUUUCUGAAGUACAUGAACUCGAUACUAAAAACGUUUGCCAGUGCGCUGGAGCUGAUAUUUACGGCAGUCCUGUGUUACUUGCUAUUUUCAAUUCCUGUCUAUCUGAACACGAUGCUGGCAAUCGUCGUUGUUUCUUACUCUAUCUAUCUGUAUUCACUAAAUCCGGUAGUUAACUUAGCUAAUACACCAGCUGCAUCGAAGGCGGCUUUGAAUGUUUCACACAGAAAUAACGAUGAUCGGAAGUCACUCCUCCCGAUCGGUGGUGGAAAAACACGUUCACGGGCAAACGUUAGUGAUUCCGAGGACGAUGAUCUUGCACAUCAGCUGCAAGAGGUAUGAUAAAAGGGACAGGUUAGCGCACUUGUAUGCUGUACUUUACAACGUGUAUUAUACUAAUGACUUUGAGCAACGUACACCGUAGGAUUGUAUCAUGGCAAACACUAGCAAUGCAAUCUAUAAGAUGCAGAAUAUAUUUAUUUCCUUCUUAGACCAUACAGAUUAGGUUUUACUUUACACUGGAUGGAUAACAUCAUUUCACAUUACGAUGCAAAGCAUGCUAGGCGAGAAUAUUUUUUUCAGUGUAAUGGGUUCACGAUAUGGCUACUGUAUGGCCAGUCCUGUUGCGAAUUGGAAAAUAAAACAUAAUAUACAUCACGAUCA